AUGGACACUUGUCAAAGUCAGUCAUCGUCUCCUUUUGUGGUGCGGGACCAGAUCACCCACUGCACCAUGAAGCUGCGCCAGACCACCGGCAUGAUGGAGUUCUGCCUGGAGGUCCUGAAGGAGAACGACCCCAGCGGGUUCCUGCAGAUCUCGGACGCCCUGAUCAAACGGGUGACUUCGUCUCAGGACCAGUGGGUGAAAGGCGCCCUGGAGCCGAAGGUGGGCGCCGACUUCGACCUCAGCGUUAGCACCGACUCACUUCUGCAGACCAUCCUGCAACUGGACUUCAUCCAGGGAAAAGCGGAGAGUGGCCCCCCGGUGCCCGCGGCCCCCCUCCUGCAGCUGGAGAAGUGCUGCACCCGGAACAACAGCGUGACUCUGGCCUGGAGGGUCACGCUGCCCGUGGGCAGCCCCAUCGAGGGAUACAUCCUGGAGCUGGACGACGGCAACGGGGGACAGUACCGGGAGGUUUACGUGGGAAAGGAGACGAUGUGCACGGUGGACGGGCUGCAUUUCAACAGCUCCUACAACGCCCGGGUGAAGGCCUACAACGCGGUGGGCGUGGGGCCCUACAGCAAAACCGUGGUGCUGAAGACCUCCGACGUGGCUUUUUUCACCUUUGACCCCACCUCGGCCCACCGGGACAUCGUCCUGUCCAACGAGAACCAGACGGUGUCCUGCAAUAGUUACGACGACCGCGUGGUUCUGGGAACCGCCGCCUUCUCCAAGGGCAUUCACUACUGGGAGGUCAGCGUCGAUCGCUAUGACAACCACCCGGACCCGGCCUUCGGGGUGGCGAGGAUCAACACCCUGAAGGACAUGAUGCUGGGAAAAGACGACAAGGCCUGGGCCAUGUACGUGGACAACAACCGCUCCUGGUUCAUGCACAACAACUCGCACACCAACAGGUGGGUCUCCGCACAGUUUUAUAGGAGAAUGUCCAGAGGAGGGAAAAGGAAUCAGUAA